AUGAGUCUGCAAGGUUAACUUUGUAUUUUAUGUCAUUAAUCUUGACGUUUGAGUGAAAGUGACUCUCCUGUAUGUUUUUGUGUAUAUCUCAGAUCCUGAAGGUGUCACCACCGCUUUGGCUGCCCUCCUCAGCCUCUCCUGGUGUGGGGGACUCUGUGGCAGGACUCAGUCUCUCCUGGUGUGGAGGGCUCCUCUGUGGAUUUCCUCCUCAGCCUCUCCUGGUGUGGGGGACUUGUCUGUGGCUGUAUUCAGUCUCUCCUGGUGUGGGGGACCCCUCUGUGGCUGUAUUCAGUCUCCCCUACUGUAG